CCUCUGCUCUGCAUCAUAAUGCCAUCAGCACAGCGGUUUCACAAAGAGACGAAGUAAAAACCCUGUGGCCUGCACCGCUACGUCUGCUGCCGCUACAUAUCCUGUCCUCACUGUGUAGAAAGCAUCACUGGACUUGAGCUUAAUGGAAAUAAAACGGAGAGGAGAGACGACUGUAAAGAGCAAAAUGUCCAGAUGACAACGACUAUGCUGACAUAGCUCAACAAUUAUCAGCUCAUCAACAUUUCCUUCCUCCUGCUAUCACCACCCCCAUCGUCCGUCUGGCCAUGUUGGUUAGGAGGAAGCUUUACGUUGUCGUGGCAAUUGCUGUUGUUCUCCUCCUGAUGCUCGCAAGCCAGAGCAUCCAAAGGAGACACAUCCUGCCACUGUCAAUAGCCUACAGCAGAGCCAUAGCCUCCAGCAGGGACACUGUGGUUGAGCCAAAUGUGGCCCCUGCUGUCCUGUCUCACCCCUCUCUUCCUCCCAGUACCAUCUUCUCUGAGGCUGAUGUAGAAAAAGAAAAGAAGGAAGAGGAAGACAAUAAAGAGGAAAACAAGGAGCACCGUGAAGUCAAAUUCCAGAACCCAAAGUCAUGCGGUUGUUCAGACUCUUGCAUUUCAGACCUCCAGUUGUCUGUCUGGUUYAGCGACCACUACAACUCCAGCCAGCAACCUAUCCUACAUGCCAAGAACAACAACUUUGACCCUGAUGCAAUUGCAUGGUGGCAGGGUCUUCAGCGGUCUGAUAAUGACCACACUUUAAAGGAAGUGAUGGCAAAAAUGUUCCAGGUCAUUUCCCCGCCCCCUGUGGAUACCACGCCAGUCAACAAACGUUGCCGUAAAUGUGCAGUUGUCGGCAACUCUGGCAACUUGCGGUGGUCCGGACACGGCAAAUUAAUCGACUCGCACAACUUUAUAAUUCGAAUGAACAAGGCAGUGACUCAAGGUUUUGAGAAGGAUGUCGGGAACAGGACGACGCAUCACUUCCUGUACCCGGAGAGUGCUGUGGAUGUGCAACAUGGAGUGAACCUCGUCCUGUUGCCAUUCAAGCUGAAAGAUCUGGAGUGGCUGACCAGUGCGUUGUCAACCGGCCAUAUCAAAAGGACUUACAUGAGGGUCAGAGACAGAGUGGGGGCUGAUAGAGAUAAGGUUCUGGUGGUGAAUCCAGUCUUCUUUAAGUAUGUCCACGAUCACUGGACAGAGCAUCACGGUCGCUAUCCGUCCACAGGCAUGCUGGCAAUCGUCUUUGCUCUGCACACUUGUGACCAGGUGUCUGUGUUUGGUUAUGGUGCUGAUAAGAUGGGGAACUGGCAUCACUACUGGGAGGAGAACCCCUACGGUGGAGCCUUCAGGAAGACUGGUGUUCACAAUGCUGAUUUCGAGACAGAUGUCAUCCACAGACUCGACAAGGAGGGCAAGAUCAAGUUCUACCUUUGACACUUACAUGAAGACUGAAAGAUCUGGUACUGAACAACCAAAUCUGAGCCAGAUGUGUGCUGCAUGUUUUUUUAAUUUUUUUUUCCCAAACAUGGGAAUAAUUGGACAGUAAUCARAUAGCUGUUUUUUCUCUUUUCUGAUGCCACUUUGCCUUCAGCAGCUUCCUUCUGGUUGCUGUUUUGCCUAUUUUCAGUCACCAAGCAUGAAAGUGAACUGACUUAACACAGCAAACCUGCUGGGCAGCAAAUAUGUAUUUACAGACUUCUGCUGCUUCAAAGAUGUUCAUUUUGAACAAUCAGCCUUUUUUGAUCCCUUUACUGACUGUCCUGUCAUUGGAGACUGAUGCCACUGACCACAAUGCUUUUCGCUCUGAAUGGGAAUCAACCACCAAUUUUUUGUAACAUAAACUUUUGUAUUGGAUUCUGUAGACACUACAAAGGAGUAACCUCUUUUUUAAAUUUAAAGCACUUUUUUAAUGAGGAGUAAAUGUUUGGUAAUGGUAAGAUGAUCGCUUUGCUCAUUAACCACACACAAACAUGGAUAGAUGUAUCGGCACCUCCUGUUUGAAUGUGUAAAAAUCAUGAAAUAAAUUAAUCUUUGUCUGCA